CGGUUCCGGGGCGGCCGUGGCGGUGGCGGGCCGCCGGUGCGAUGGGCCGGAGGUGGUCUCGCUAGAAGUGACUGGGCAGCGGCUGCCGGCGAGACAGACCCUCCCGGGGUCCGAGGCGGGGAGGCGGGGUUUGCACGGCCCCUUCGGGAUUGGCUGCGCGCGGCGGGGCUGGCCGUUCGCCCCGAACUCCAACCCCGGAGGGUGGAUCCAAAUGAAUGGGCGAACGGCGGACGACUGACUUGCGCUGGUCUUCUCCUAAGUGAGGCGUCGGCAGCGAGCAGCGGCGAAGGGACGGGGACAGAAUGAACCGGGCCAAGCCCACCACCGUCCGCAGGCCCAGCGCUGCGGCCAAGCCUUCGGGGCACCCUCCUCCAGGAGACUUCAUUGCUCUGGGCUCGAAGGGUCAGGCCACUGAAUCGAAAACGGCAUCCACCCUGCUGAAGCCUGCCCCUUCCAGCCUGCCCUCGGAGCGCAAGCGGGAUGCUGCGGCUGCUCUGGCAGGUGCCUCGGCCCUGACCGGGCUCACCAAGCGCCCGAAACUCUCCUCCACACCCCCUCUGAGUGCCCUGGGACGCCUGGCUGAGGCCGCAGUGGCAGAGAAACGUGCUAUCUCUCCCUCGAUUAAGGAACCGUCUGUGGUCCCGAUUGAAGUCCCGCCCGCGGUGCUGCUGGAUGAGAUUGAGGCGGCCGAGCUGGAGGGCAAUGACGACAGGCUGGAGGGAGUGCUGUGCGGGGCCGUGAAGCAGCUGAAGGUCACGCGGGCCAAGCCGGACAGCACCCUGUACCUGAGCCUCAUGUACCUGGCCAAGAUCAAGCCCAACAUCUUCGCCACGGAGGGGGUCAUCGAGGCUCUGUGCAGCCUCCUGCGGCGGGAUGCCUCCGUCAACUUCAAGGCCAAGGGGAACAGCCUGGUGUCCGUGCUGGCCUGUAACCUCCUCAUGGCCGCGUACGAGGAUGAUGAGAACUGGCCCGAGAUCUUUGUCAAGGUGUACAUUGAAGACUCCCUUGGGGAGCGGAUCUGGGUGGACAGCCCGCACUGCAAGGCCUUCGUGGACAAUAUCCAGACGGCCUUUAACACCAAGAUGCCCCCCAAGAGCAUGCUCCUGCAGGGGGAGGCGGGGCGCAGCGGAGGGGAACUCAGUGCCGGGAGCAGCCCUCACCCCUCCCUCACCGAGGAGGAGGACAGCCAGACGGAGCUCCUGAUCGCGGAGGAGAAGCUCAGCCCCGAGCAGGAGGGCCAGCUCAUGCCCAGGUACGAGGAUCUGGCGGAGAGCGUGGAGGAGUACGUCCUCGACAUGCUGCGCGACCAGCUCAACCGGCGGCAGCCCAUCGACAACGUCUCGCGGAACCUGCUGCGGCUGCUCACCUCCACCUGCGGCUACAAGGAGGUGCGGCUGAUGGCGGUGCAGAAGCUGGAGAUGUGGCUGCAGAACCCCAAGCUGACCCGGCCGGCCCAGGACCUGCUCAUGUCUGUGUGCAUGAACUGCGGCACACACGGCCCCGAGGACAUGGACGUCAUCUCCCACCUGAUCAAGAUCCGCCUCAAGCCCAAGGUCCUGCUCAACCACUACAUGCUCUGUGUCAGGGAGCUGCUGAACGCGCACAGGGACAACCUGGGCACCACCAUCAAGUUUGUGAUCUUCAACGAGCUGUCCAACGCGCGGAACCCCAACAACAUGCAGACCCUGUACGCCGUGCUGCAGCACAGCUCCGCGCUGGCACCCAAGUUCCUGGCCAUGGUGUUCCAGGACCUGCUGACCAACAAGGACGACUACCUGCGGGCCUCGCGGGCCCUGCUGCGCGAAAUCAUCAAGCAGACCAAGCACGAGAUCAACUUUCAGGCCUUCUGCCUUGGGCUCAUGCAGGAGCGCAAGGAGCCCCAGUACCUGGACAUGGAGUUCAAGGAGCGCUUUGUGGUGCACGUCACAGACGUGCUGGCCGUGUCCAUGAUGCUGGGCAUCACAGCCCAGGUGAAGGAGGCCGGCAUCGCCUGGGACAAAGGAGAGAAGAAGAACCUGGAGGUGCUGCGCUCCUUCCAGCACCAGAUCGCCGCGAUCCAGCGGGACGCCGUGUGGUGGCUGCACACUGUCGUCCCCUCCAUCAGCAAGCUCGCCCCCAAGGACUAUGUGCACUGCCUCCACAAGGUGCUCUUCACAGAGCAGCCCGAGACCUACUACAAAUGGGACAACUGGCCGCCCGAGAGUGACCGCAACUUCUUCCUCCGCCUCUGCUCAGAGGUGCCCAUCCUGGAGGACACACUGAUGCGCGUCCUGGUCAUCGGGCUGUCACGGGAGCUUCCGCUGGGCCCUGCCGAUGCCAUGGAGCUGGCCGACCACCUGGUGAAGCGGGCUGCAGCCGUGCAGGCUGACGACGUGGAGGUGCUGAAGGUGGAGAGGACCCAGCUGAUCGACGCCGUCCUGAACCUGUGCACCUACCAUCACCCGGAGAACAUCCAGCUCCCGCCUGGGUACCAGCCUCCGAACCUCGCCAUCUCCACCCUCUACUGGAAGGCGUGGCCCCUCCUGCUGGUCGUCGCCGCGUUCAACCCAGAGAACAUCGGCCUGGCCGCCUGGGAGGAGUACCCCACGCUGAAGAUGCUCAUGGAGAUGGUGAUGACCAAGUUCCUCCUGCUUGGUCCCAGCAAUUACUCGUACCCGCCAUGCACCCUGACGGAUGAGGAGACCCGGACUGAGAUGGUCGCCCGGGAGCUGCAGGUCUCUCAGCGGGAGAAGCAGGAGAUCCUGGCGUUCGAGGGGCACCUGGCCGCCGCGUCCACCAAGCAGACCAUCACUGAGAGCAGCAGCCUGCUCCUGUCCCAGCUCACCAGCCUGGAGCCCCAAGGGCCGCCCCGGAGGCCUCCCCCUCACGUCCUGGAUCAGGUGAAAGGCCUCAACCAGUCCCUCCGCCUUGGGCACCUGCUGUGUCGGAGCCGGAACCCCGACUUCCUCCUCAACAUUAUCCAGAGGCAGGCUUCCUCCCAGUCCAUGCCCUGGCUGGCCGACCUGGUGCAGUCCAGCGAGGGCUCCCUGGACGUGCUGCCCGUGCAGUGCCUGUGCGAGUUCCUGCUGCACGACGCUGCCGACGAGCCCGCCUCCGGGGAGGAGGAGGAGGAGGGCGAGAGCAGAGAGCAGAAGGCCAAGAAGCGGCAGAGGCAGCAGAAGCAGCGGCAGCUGCUGGGCCGCCUGCAGGACCUGCUGCUGGGCCCCAGGGCCGACGAGCAGACCACGUGUGAGGUGCUGGACUACUUUCUGCGGCGCCUUGGCUCCUCCCAGCUGGCGUCCCGGGUGCUGGCCACGAAGGGCCUGUCCCUGGUGCUCUCGGAGGGCAGCCUGCGCGACGGGGAGGAGAAGGAGCCCCCCACGGAGGAGGACUCGGGCGACUCGGAUGCGCUGCAGGGCUACCAGUGGCUGCUGCGAGACCUGCCCAGACUGCCUCUGUUCGACAGCGUCAGGACCACCACCGCCCUGGCGCUGCAGCAGGCCAUCCACAUGGAGACGGAUCCGCAGACCAUCAGCGCGUACCUGGUCUACCUGUCCCAGCACACGCCCGUGGAGGAACAGAGUCAGCACAGUGACCUGGCCCUGGAUGUGGCCCGGCUCAUCGUGGAGCGCUCCACCAUCAUGUCCCACCUGUUCUCCAAGCACUCCUGCAGCGCCGAGUCGGACGCCGUGCUGGCCGCCCUGCUCUCCAUCUUCUCUCGCUACGUGCAACGCAUGCGCCAGAGCAAGGAGGGCGAGGAGGUCUACAGCUGGUCGGAGUCGCAAGACCAGGUCUUCCUGCGCUGGACUAGCGGGGAGACGGCCACCAUGCACAUCCUGGUGGUCCACGCCAUGGUCAUCCUCCUGACGCUGGGGCCGCCCCGCGCUGGUGACGGCGAGUUCCGGGCGCUGCUGGACAUCUGGUUCCCGGAGAAGAAGCCCCUGCCCACAGCCUUCCUGGUGGACACGUCGGAAGAGGCGCUGCUGCUGCCCGACUGGCUGAAGUUGCGCAUGAUCCGCUCGGAGGUCCCGCGCCUGGUGGACGCUGCCCUGCAGGACCUGGAGCCCCAGCAGCUGCUGCUGUUCGUGCAGUCCUUCGGCAUCCCUGUGUCCAGCAUGAGCAAACUUCUCCAGUAUCUGGACCAGGCGGUGGCCCACGACCCCCAGACCCUGGAGCAGAACAUCAUGGACAAGAAUUACAUGGCUCACCUGGUCGAGGUCCAGCACGAGCGAGGGGCGUCCGGAGGCCAGACUUUCCACUCCCUGCUCACAGCCUCCCUGCCCGCCCGGCGAGACAGCACGGAGGCGCCGAAACCCAAAAGCAGCCCAGAGCAGCCACCAGGCCAGGGCAGGACCCGGGCCGUGACACAGGUCCAGGUUCUGGGCCCCGAGGACGACCUGGCCGGCAUGCUCCUGCAGAUCUUCCCGCUGAGCCCGAGCCCACGGUGGCAGAGCUCCAGUGCGCGCCCUGUAGCCCUGGCGCUGCAGCAGGCCCUGGGCCGGGAGCUGGCGCGAGUCCGCCAGGGGAGCCCCGAGGUGCCGGGCGUCGCGGUGCGCCUCCUGCAGGCCCUCGCCACCCUGCUGAACUCCCCGCACGGUGGCGCCCUGGUCAUGGUCAUGCACCAGAACCACUUCCUCGCCUGCCCUCUGAUGCGCCAGCUCUGCCAGUACCAGCGCUGCGUGCCCCAGGACACCGGCUUCUCGUCGCGCUUCCUCAAAGUGCUUGUGCAGACACUGCAGUGGCUGGACAGCCCCGCUGUGGAGGCCGGGCCCCUGCAGGCCCAGCUCAAGCUGUUUGCCGCCCAGUACUCGGCACGGCGCCGGAUCAGUGAUGUGCGGAGCGGGUUCCUGCACCUGGCGGAGGCCCUGACGUUCCGCGGGGACCCGGAAGUGGUCAGCUCCACCAUCCGUGCCAUCGCGGCCACCCUCAAGUCUGGGGAGGGGUGUGACGUGGAGCCCGAGCUUAUCAGCAAAGUCCUCCGGGGUCUGGUCGCUGUGAGGUCGCCUCACCUGGAGGAGCUGCUGGCCGCGCUCUUCUCCGCUGCCUCCGCCUUCCCGGCCUCGGGGCCCGUGGCCGUGGUGAGCUCACUGCUGCUGCAGGAGAAGGGGGAGCCCCCGGCCCUGGGGAAGCAGGACUCUGACGGCUGCAGCCUGGAGGCUGUGCGGCUGGGACCCUGCGCGGGGCUCCUCGUCGACUGGCUGGAGAUGCUGGACCCCGAGGUGAUCAGCAGCUGCCCUGACCUGCAGCAGCAGCUGCUCUUCUCCCAGGGCAACAAGGGCAAAGGCCAUCCUGGCCCGCAGGUGCCGUCUUUCCGACCCUACCUCUUAGCCCUGCUCACGCACCAGUCCAGCUGGUCCACGCUGCACCAGUGUAUCCACAUCCUGCUGGGCAAGAACCGGGAGCAGAGGUUUGACCCCUCGGCCUCCCUGGACUUCCUCUGGGCCUGCAUCCACAUUCCUCGAAUCUGGCAGGGCAGGGACCAGCGUACCCCUCAGAAGCGGCGGGAGGAGUUGGUGCUGCGGGUCCAGGCCCCAGAGCUCAUCGGCCUGGUGGAGCUGAUCCUGGCGGAGGCAGAGGCCAGGAGCCAGGACGGGGACACCAGCGCCUGCAGCCUUCUCCAGGCCCGGCUGCCCCUGCUGCUCAGCUGCUGCCGCGGCGACGACGAGGGCGUCAGGAAGGUGACGGCGCACCUGACGAGCUGCAUCCAGCAGUGGGCUGACAGCGUGCUGGGCAGGCGUUGCCGGGACCUGCUCGUGCACCUGUACCUGCAGCGGCCAGACCUCCGGGUGCCUGUGCCUGACGUCCUGCUGCACAGCGAAGGGGCCGCCGGCAGCAGCGUCUGCAAGCUGGACGGCCUCAUUCACCGCUUCAUCACCCUCCUCGCGGACACCAGCGACUCCCGGGCCGCCGAGAACCGAGUGGCCGACGCCAACAUGGCCUGUCGGAAGCUGGCUGUGGCCCACCCCAUCCUGCUGCUCAGGCAUCUGCCCAUGAUCGCCGCCCUCCUGCACGGCCGCAACCACCUCAACUUUCAGGAGUUCCGGCAGCAGAACCACCUGACCUUCUUCCUGCACGUGCUGGGCAUCCUGGAGCUGCUGCAGCCGCACGUGUUCCAGAGCGAGCACCAGGGGGCGCUGUGGGACUGCCUGCUCUCCUUUCUCCGCCUGCUGCUGAACUACAGGAAGUCCUCCCGCCACCUGGCCCCCUUCAUCAGCAAGUUCGUGCAGUUCACCCACAAGUAUAUCACCUGCAAUGCGCCGGCCGCCGUCGCCUUCCUGCAGAAACACUCCGACGCGCUCCAUGACCUGUCCUUCGACAGCAGUGACCUGGUGAUGCUCAAGUCACUCCUGGCGGGGCUGAGCCUUCCCAGCAGGGACGGCAGGGCCGACCGAGGCCUGGACGAGGAGGGCGAGGACGAGAGCUCAGCUGGCCCCCUGCCCCUGGUCAGCAUCUCCCUCUUCACCCCUCUGACCGCAGCGGAAGUGGCCCCCUAUGUGAAGAGACUUUCCCGGGGCCAGGCGGUCGAGGAUCUGUUGGAGGUUCUGAGCGAUGUGGACGAGAUGUCCCGGCGGAGACCCGAGAUCCUGGGCUUCUUCUCGACCAGUCUGCAGCGGCUGAUGAGCUCAGCUGAGGAGUCCUGUCGCAGCCUGGCCUUCAGCCUGGCUCUGCGCUCCAUCCAGAGCAACCCCAGCAUCGCAGCUGACUUCCUGCCCACGUUCAUGUACUGCCUGGGCAGCCGGGACUUUGAAGUAGCGCAGACGGCCCUCCGGAACCUGCCGGAGUACACCCUCCUCUGCCAGGAGCAUGCAGCCGUGCUGCUGCACCGGGCCUUCCUGGUGGGCAUGUAUGGCCAAAUGGAUACCAGCGCCCAGAUCUCUGAGGCCCUGAGGAUCCUGCACAUGGAGGCUGUGAUGUGAGCCCGGGCCGCAGCCCGACUGCACACCUGGUCCACUGGUGGUCUCCUCCGGGAGCACCAAGCAGGCAGGGCCAGCACUCAGAGCCCACCCUCAGCUGCCCCUGGCCAGCAGUGCGGGGGCCAUCUGCCCCGGAGGCUGUCCCGCCUGCGGAGUGACGGGGGCACAGCCCAGCUGGGAGGGGAUGCUGACAUCCUAGCAAAUCGAGGCGAGGGGCUGGGUUCAAAUGAAACGUUUUGAACUCCCUGA